AAAUUACUCAAUAGAAGCACAAGAGUACAACUAAAACAAUGAUACGUAUGCCAAAUUCAAAUUGCCGCGACAAGAUGGCGGUAUCUGGCAUUAAUUUUUCAUUGGUUAUGCGCAAGAGCAUACCUUCUUCCACCAUGCCUGUUGCUAAACAGUAAACUUAUCACGUGAUAAAAACUGUUUUGCUAGGCUAAAAUGAAUUAUUUCUACAAAAUUCAAAUAAUAAUCGGAUAUUAUUACUUGUAUGUGAUUGCCACAAAAGAUAAUGAUAGGUGUCAGUGCAGCAAAUUAAAUCGACAGUUAUUUUUAAGUCCUCUGGAAGAAUAUUGUACUGUGAACAAUGUUAAAUUCAACAUGACUAGCAUAAAGGAGAAAAAAUUGGAAAAAAUGGUCAAAAUCAAUGCCGGUACAUAUUUUAUAGGAACGAACAAUCCAGUUUUUGUUGCCGAUGGUGAAGAACCAAAACGUGAAGUGAUAUUAGAUAAUUUUUACAUAGACAAAUUUGAGGUUAGCAAUGAUGAUUUUAGAGCUUUCGUAAACGCUACUGGCUAUAUAACUGAUGCAGAAAACUUUGGGGAAUCCUUUGUUUUUGAGAACUUUUUAGAACAAAGCACGAAAGACAAAAUCAAUAAAGCAGUUGCACAAGCACCUUGGUGGUUACCUGUGAAGCAAGCCUCAUGGCAGCAUCCAGAAGGUCCUAACUCGAAUAUUACUUUCAGAAUGGAUCAUCCUGUUAUUCAUGUCUCCUGGCAUGAUGCAGUUGCUUACUGCAGUUGGAUGAGAAAAAGAUUGCCAACUGAAGCAGAAUGGGAAGUUGCAUGUCGUGGUGGACUUUCUGACAGACUCUAUCCUUGGGGAAAUAAAUUAGUGCCAAACAAUCAGCAUAAAGCCAAUACUUGGCAAGGCAAAUUUCCUACAAAGAACACUGAAGAAGAUGGAUACAAAGGUACAUCACCAGUUACAAUAUUUUUGCAAAAUAAAUAUGGUUUGCAUAAUAUGAUUGGAAAUGUAUGGGAAUGGACAGCAGAUUGGUGGACAACAAAGCACUCAUACAAUCGACAAAUUAAUCCAAUUGGUCCUUCUGGUGGUAGUAAUAAAGUAAAGAAGGGUGGUUCGUAUUUAUGCCACAAAAAUUAUUGCUAUAGAUAUAGAUGCGCCGCACGUAGUCAAAAUACACCUGAUACAUCAGCUGGAAAUUUAGGUUUUAGAUGUGCUGUAUCGGCAUAGAUAAAAUAUUAAAACUUCGAAGAAUAACAAGAUUUGACUAAUACAAAUAAAAUAAUAUAUGUUAUUUAUAUGUAAAAAAUUGCCACAGAAAUUAUGUAUACAUGAGACCCUAUCUUAUAAAACCUUUUUUAAAUAAAAAAAUAAAGAAACAAAAAAUCA